GAUAUAAAGUCAUGUGACUCUAUAACAAAAUUAACCAUUUUACUGCAGUCACUUCUUAAAUACUAACAAUCAACUGGCACACAGCACUCAGACUUUUUUUAUAAAAUGCCUUUAGUUUAUAACAUGCCCUUACAUUUAUAUAUAGCUUACAACUCAAACAAUGAACCCCAUGCUGAGGGUGAGAGGAACUAAAAAAAGCUUAUCUAUAGUUGUGAAACCAGGAAUAGAAGGAGAUUUCUGGUCACUCCCUUCUCAUGUAAAUGACCAGAUCAGUGACGAACGUGCACAUACUGUACGUCUGUGACAACCUGUCAGAUGGGCUCGGACUGAAUUACAAGUGUUCUGAAAAACACUGGUAUUAAUGGACAACGGGAAUGCAAAACAUAAUGGCACCGACCAAGUUGCCCCCCCUCUGCGGCUGCUAAUCGUAGGGCAGAAGCGGACAGGAAAGAGCUCAGUGGGCAACACAAUCCUGGGUAAGAAAGCAUUUAAUACAUGGGGUGGAGCAGACAGUGCAGUAGCAGAUGGAGAAUCUGAGGGCCGACAGCUGAUGGUCGUGGAUGCCUGUGGAUGGGGCACGAACGAGAACCUGGUCCAUAAACAGGAGAAACUAGAGCUAUUUAACGCCUUGUCACUAUGUGAGCCCGGACCCCACAUUCUGCUCCUGGUCAUUCCCUUACUGCACUUUAGCCACUCUGAGAAAGCGGCCCUACAAAAGCGCAUGGAGAUCCUCACAGAGGGUGUGUGGCGCCACACCAUGGUCGUGUUCACGCUUGGGGACCGUCUGCAUGACUGCAGCAUACAGGACCACAUCCAGACAGCCGGGAAGGAUCUCCAGUGGCUAAUGGAGAAGUGCAGGUAUAGGUACCACGUUCUUAACAACAAGACACCCCAGGACAGACAGCAGGUCUCUGGUUUAUUGGAUCGUGCGGAAGACAUGCUGAUGGAGAACGGGGGAUGGCACUUUUCUCUUCACAUGUACAGCAGACUGGAGGAGGAAUGGAGCCGAAGAGAGAUGGAAAUGAAAGAAAAGAUACUAGAGAGACAUGAUGGAGCAGGGAAAACCAGCCGAGGACUGGCUGUGAUUCCUAAUCGCAAUCAAAAAGGUGGUCUGCGUCUGAACGAUACUCUAAUGAAAUUAGUUUACCACGGAUAACCUGCUGCCAAACCAAGUUAUACAGCACUGUUUCGGCAUGAACUCAAAGUGAACUUCUGAACUGUAAAUGUGUUCAUCAACAAAGAUUUUAGGUUAAAAUAUAUCGGAGUCUUCCUUCCUGCAACUGCUCAGCAUUUGUCUCAUUUUGUCUCUCAUUUCACUUUAAAUGUGUCCAUUUCACCAACAACUACUUUCUGAUUUCAUUUUUUUUUUCCAGUUUCAUUUUAAGUGGUCCUGCGGUGUGACAAAAGAUUAGAAGUACAAAUAUAUACAUUUUUUAAUUUAUGAAUAUUUAAUAUUUAAUAUGUUCCUAAAAAUAAUCGAAUUGAUUACAUUGAUAUUUGUUAUACAGUUGCACAUCUUCGUUGAUGUUAAUUAUUUUUUUUAUAAUAAAAAAACUGUUCAUUGUUAGUUCAUAUUAGCUUAAUUCCAUUAAAUAAUAGUAACAGAUACAUCUAUUGAUUUUAAUAAUGUACUAGCAAAUAUUAAAAUGAACAUUAACUAAGAUUAAUAAAUGCAUUAGAAACAUUUUUCAUUGUUAGUUCAUGUUAGCUAAUGCAAUUGUAAUAAUGUUAAAUGGAACCUACUAUAAAGUGUUAUCAAUUAUUUCAUAUCAGCUACCCACAUUUUCACACAAACAUUGUUAUUUAAAACUUAAUGUGAGCCUAUAUUUAUAUAACAACUCAUUGUGGUUAAAUAAUAAAUAAAAUAAAAAUAUCAUAAGAUGUAGGUUAAGAGUUAUGUAAUAUAGACAUUUAUUGGAGAGGGCAAAUUUCAAAGAUACUUUACAACAUCUUGCAUAAUGAUGUAGGAUAGAUUACAAAACAGUGCAAUACGGGGCAAUCAUUGAAGACAAAAGGACUCUUAUUCUUCCCAAAGAUUUUUAGGACAAUUGUAAAUAAAAUGUAAAUGUCUUGUAAUAACCCUUCCAAUUCAUUUUACUUCUCCAUUCAUAUUUUAUUUGAAUUUAAGCUUUUUUGCUUGCAUUCUACAGGACAGUAUUAAGAGACAGAGAAGAGACGGGGAACUGACUGGAAUAUGAUGAAGGCCAGAAACAUCUGAUUGUCCUCAUGAGCACAAUUGCUCACACGCGUUGUGAGGACGUGGUCGUCAUGAUUUAUUCAUUUGAUUAAUUCAAUUUACCACCUGAUGCCUCUUAUCUGAUACCUGCUAAUCUCUGUGCAUGCACUCAUAUCUCUCACCUUUACCCCUCUUCUACAACACUUCUUCACAUUAUCAUAACCAAAAUCUCCCCACCCCUCAUGUCCUAAUACUCUUUAAAGUGACUGAUGGCAAUGUCAUCACAGCGCUGAGCCCCGAACACUCGCUUUAAUUGAUAUGCAAUUUGCACGUCCUCUAAAUCUGAGGAGGUGAGUGCCUUUAAUGUGCUACUCGGAAUGAGGCAUUACAUUUAAAAGAUCAAAGCCAGAGAGCGAGUGAAACAUCAGAGGCCCUAGUCUCAAAGUGAAAUUCUCUCUCGUCGUCACACGGUG